CCCAUCGUCGCUGUCUAUCUACGUAUACUCUGGGCUGCUGCAUUCACAAAAUGGCGGAGAAAGAAGUUCCUCUCACGGCCGUCAAGGUCGAGGCUUUGGUAUGCACUACCCUGAAAAUCUUCCUCACCACCUAGCGACCCCCCGCCUUUGGAAGCCCGGUCCCUUUUAGCCCAUGAUACUUAUGGUCUUCACCUUUAGGUGGUGAUGAAAAUCAUCAAGCAUGGCUCGCAAUCCUUCCCCACGACUGCGACCGGUUCGAUCGUUGGUAUGGAUGUCAACGGUAUCCUGGAGAUCACAAACUCUUUCCCCUUCCCCGUCGUCGAGAUGCCCGCCGAGUCGCACUUCGACAAUGCCGCUCCCAACCCCGCCGCGGCUGCUCCUCGUGCGAAGGCCAACGCUGUCUACCAGGCCGAGAUGGUCCGUAUGCUUCGCGAAGUCAACGUUGACGCCCAGAACGUCGGAUGGUACACUAGCGCCAACAUGGGCAACUUCGUCAACAUGAACGUGAUCGAGAACCAGUUCUUCUACCAGAAGGAGAUGAACGAGCGCACAGUCGCCCUUGUGCACGAUGUCAGCCGCAGCGCCCAGGGUAGUCUCAGCCUGCGUGCUUUCCGCCUGUCGCCCAAGUUCAUGACCGCUUUCAAGGAGAACAAGUUCACCUCCGAGGAGCUUCAAAAGUCCAACCUUAGAUACCAGGACAUCUUCGUUGAACUUCCCGUUGAAAUCCACAACUCGCACUUGAUCACCUCUUUCAUCCACCAGCUCCAGUCCCCCAUCGAGUCGGCCCCCACAGAUCUCCCCGCCUCUCUGUCGGCUCUCGAGUCCGGACCCCUCGCCAAGUCGUCCGUCCUGGCACCCAACUUCGACAACCUCUCCCUCAGCAUCGAUCCUUUCUUGGAGAAGAACUGCGACCUCCUGCUCGACAGCAUCGAGGUCCACCACACCGAGACCAACAACUUUCAGUACUAUCAGCGCUCGCUUGCCCGUGAGCAGGCCAAGAUCACCGCCUGGCAAAACAAGCGCAAGACCGAGAACGCCAACCGUGCGACUCUUAAGCAGCCCCUCCUUCCCGAGGACGAGUGGCAGCGGCUGUUCAAGCUCCCUCAGGAGCCCAGCCGUCUGGACAGCAUGCUGAACAGCCGGCAGGUCGAGCAGUACGCCCGCCAGGUGGACAGCUUCGUCGCUUCCACGACGGGCAAGAUGUUCGCUGUCAAGGGUAACCUGCUGCCGGGAGAGACCGCCAAAUAGAGCGGAGGAAUGCUUAGAGAACGCGAGAAUGAAGAGGCCAAACUUUCCUUUCAUGAUUUGUCUCACAACUGUGGGGAUUCCGAAUAUCGCAUGCAUGACCUUACGGCGUAGGACGGGAAAAUUCUGUAUCUGACUGUUAAUAUGUCUCCUGGUUGUUUCUUAAUCCAGUGACGAAUAGAGUUACGGGAUAUGACUUUGGGGAGAUUCUGCUUUCAAUCUAUAUAGGUUUUAUUUGUUUUGUUUAUGGGUGUUUCCCUCUCGCCCGCUUCCCCCCCGUCCUGCUUUUGGUGCUUGUCUCUGCGUUUCCCCAGGUCGGGUUUUGGGGUUGGCCGCUUUCGGCAUGGCGCUGCCCUAAAAAGUUGUUAGGGCUAGCCGAGUGCACGUGGCUUUGAUGACCUCAUCGUUUGAUACCUUUGCUGCCGAUAACGAUUAGAUAAGGAUCGAUAAGUUACAAUGACGAUUGCUUGAUUUAUUC